GCUAAAUGGCUUUUUUUUCUAGUAAUGAUCUUGUCAAUAACAAAAAUAUACAAUAAUUAUGAUAAAUAAAAGUUUUUCCUUUUAUCUAUUUCAAGUAACAAAGUAACCCACAAUUUUAAACAAGCCAAGUCUUCAAAUAUACAAACAAAACAGCAAUAAACUUAGUUAAUGUACUACAAAAGAAGAAUGGUUUUGAUCAUUUUGUUCCCUCCCACUGUAUCUAUAGUAAACUAACUAGCCAUCUAGCUUUAGUUUACCAUUAUAGGUCCUUUGGCCCUCCUCCUGGAAUUUUUCUGUUUAUUGCGCGCCAGCAAGAGCUCAGGGCAUUUCCGCAUGAGUGGCUCUGUGAGGAGAAUGGUCAAAGUUCCAGUUUCAAAGUUAAUUAACUGCCGAGGCCUUAAGAUGAAGGACCCCAUCGACUCGUGCUCUGUAAGUAUCUCUAACUUAAAAAUAAGGGUAAUGUUUGGUUUUAAGAUUCAUGGAGGCAAAGGAUUGGAAAUGCAACCUAGUGUUAGACAGAUCACAUGGUUUUUUUCCUCCCCUGGACUUAAACUCAUAGAACAUGUCUUCUUUCAGUAUAACCACCUGUAUCAAAAUCUGAAGCAGUAUUCAAAAAAUGGAGACAACUAUUUGAAAGAACUUCAAACAGUUUUUCAGCAGAGAGCUGAGCUGGAACUUACGUACUCCAAGGGCCUUGCCAAGCUGGCAGGGAAACUAAUCAAAGCAUGCCAAGGAAUGCCAAAAAAUUCCACCUACACCGCCUGGUGUCAAGUGUCAAACGAGAUGUACUCGAGAGCAGACGCACACAGAACAUUAGGAAAUGCAUUUCAACAAGAGGCCACUGAGGAAAUCCGUCAAGUCUUAGAUGAACACGGCAAAAGAAAAAGGCCUCUUGACACUGCCAUUGAAAGGAGUGGAAAACUUUUCACAGCAAACUGGAAUGAGCAACUCAAGCUGAAAAAAAGAUUGCACGGGCUGACAAAAGAACACGAGGCACUCUUCAACUAUCUAGAAAACAACAAGCACAUCAGCACAGAGAAAGAAAAACAGAAGCAGAUGUGUAACAGACUGACUAAGUCAGCAGAGCAGCAGUCCAUAGUGGAUGAACAUUACUAUAGUGUCAACAUGGAGGGUCAUCAGAUGAGACUGAAGUUGCAAAACACUCUGAAAAACUGCUGUCAGGUCACACAAGAGCUGGAGAAAAAUCGAAUUGAAGUUCUGUGCAACCUUUUGAGCAAAUAUAACCUCCACAUGUCUACUUUCAGUCAAACACUUAAGCAUGGUCAAAAGCAGAUAGAGCAGACUGCCCAAAGGGUGGACGUGGAUAAAGACAUACAAACCCUGAUGGAAGAAAGUGGCAACACAAAUGAAGACAACAAAAUAGAGUUUUUGAUGGCUGAUUAUUUUGAGGAGGAUAGCAAAUCACUGAUGACCAAAGACAGAAGAAAAGACGCGAUCAAGCUGAAACUCCAGCGUCUCGAAGAAAACAUUACUAAGACCAAGAAAGAAUGUGAAGGAAUUGAAAAACUGAUCAAGACCUACACUGAAUGUUCAUCUUUUUCAAAUCAGAAGAACCUUGAGGAAACUGAGGAGCUCCGUGAUGAGAAUACUCUCAAACUGGACCUCCUGGAGGCCACUCAUUACAAACUCUCCUUAUGCCUCUCUGAAUUUGAAGAGACACCCAAGACAUCUGAACGAUUUGGUAGCAGCAUUUUCAAAUGGAAAGAUAAGGACUGUGAGCAUAGCAUUGUUCAGUUGAGCCGUCCAGUAAAACUCCGAAAGACGCCGUUAAGAAGUCAACAAUCAAUAAGAGCUUCCAUCAUUUAUAAAGGACCAAUUCAGGUUCCAACAGAACCAGCUGUAAAACCAGAACCAAACACUGCUGACCAGAUCACUUCCACAACACCAACUCAGGACACAGCAGAAUGCAGUGGAAGCACUGGAAAUGACACUCUGCCAACCAGAGAUGAUGACAAAACAGAAGAUCAAACAGCAGCCGUGCUGUGCAGCAUCGGAAAAUGCAAAGCCCUGUAUAAUUUCACACCUGAACACGAAGAUGAACUGACUUUCAAAGAAGGUGAUGUUCUGGACAUUUAUAAAAAGGAAGAAAAUGGUUGGUGGAUUGGAGCUCUUGAUGAACGAAAAGGCCAUUUCCCAUCAAGCUAUGUUGAGGAGCUACCUGUACUGAACACCAGCAAAUCAUCUGAUGCCUGAAUGACUGGACUACAAAUGGGAAAAAAGCCUCUUAACAUUUAAAGCCUGCAUGCGUGAUAUUUUAUUCAGGUCUUCUACAUUGAAAAAAAAUGUAACUUUGAAAUUGA